CAUGAGUGAUAAUAUGAGUAUUUCUCAAAGGCCUGUUGCGAGAAAGUUUCACGAUCUCCCAAAAUUCCGUAAAACCGCUUCUCAAGACGAGGAAACUCUGGAGAGUGUAGAGGUUCUCCUAAAAUAUAUAUAUGAAAACGUAAUCGGCAGAGAAAAGGUCUUUUCAGGACCUUUCGGAUUUCGAAACGUUGUUUAUACGGAUUAUACGGCAUCUGGAAAAUCACUUCAAUUUAUUGAGGAUUACAUACGCGAUGAAAUUCUUCCCGAAUAUGGUAACACUCAUACUACGACAUCCGUUACAUCACUGCAAACAACUAUGUACAGACAUGAAGCAAGAGAUAUUGUGCGAAAUGCUGUCAACGCAAGUGAACAUGAUGCUGUGAUAUUUACUGGAAGUGGAUGCACUGGAGCUGUUCAUAAGCUAAUUCAUGCUUUAAACUUAGAUAGGUCACCUGUAAUUUUUGUGGGCCCAUAUGAGCACCAUUCAAAUUUAUUACCAUGGAGAGAAAUAGGUGCAGAUAUAAUUCGAAUAAAAGAAGAUAGUCAAGGAGCAAUUGACUUGAAUGAUUUACUUGAACAGCUGAGGAAAUACGAGACUAUUACAGACCGUUUAAAAAUUGGAUGCUUUUGCGCGGCAUCAAACAUUACUGGAAUUUUGGUGGAUGUAGAUACAAUUUCUUCUCUCCUCCACACUCUAGGAUGUUUAGCUUUUUGGGAUUAUGCUUCAGCAGCUCCAUAUACGGCGAUAGAUAUGAAUCCGAUAGAAAAGCCAGAAACACCCCAGUGUUACAAGGAUGCAGUAUUUCUCUCUCCUCAUAAGUUUGUUGGCGGUAUCCAAACUACAGGUCUGCUGGUAGCUAAAAAGAAGCUAUUUAAUAAUAAAGUACCAUCGGAGGCUGGAGGAGGAACGGUUUUCUUUGUUCGGCGAAAUGGUCAUCGGUAUCAACAAGAAGUUGAGUUGAGAGAAGAAGGAGGUACCCCAGCUAUUGUGGAAUCAAUAAGGGUUGGUUUAAUUUUUCAAUUAAAGCGAGCGGUAGGAACGGACAUUAUUAUGGAGUUGGAGGAAAAUUUAACAAAAAAAGCAUUCAGUAAAUGGGAAAAUUUAGAAAAUUUAAAACUUCUUGGAGGUCGAGUUGUUCCACGAUUACCUAUUUUCAGCUUUGUUGUAAAGCAUAAAUCAUUAUUUUUGCAUCAUAAUUUUGUUUGUGCUGUUUUAAAUGAUGUGUUUGGAAUUCAAGCAAGGGGAGGCUGCGCUUGUGCCGGCCCAUAUGCAGAAGACCUGUUAGGAAUAGACGAAAAACUUGCUAAAAAGUUUGAAGAAUUGUUAGCUGAGGAUGAUCGUUUAGACAGAGUUCAUUUGAGAAGAUAUGGCGAGUACUCAAAUAGAGAAAUUUUACGUCCAGGAUUUGUUCGUUUGAAUUUACCUUAUUUUGCUCCUGAAGAGGAAAUUGAUUUUAUUUUGGAAGCAGUAGCUAUGACUGCUGAAAAUGCAUGGAUAUUACUGCCUCAAUAUACAUUUAAUCCUGAAACUGGAGAAUGGCGGCAUAAAAAUUUACACACUUUCAAAAGUCGAAAGUGGUUGGGUAACAUAACGUAUAAAAAUGGAAAAAUGGAAUAUACUGAUUCUCCAAUUGAAGAUAGAGGACCAUUACCAAAAAAUUUUUCAGAUUGUCUUCGUAAAGCUGAAGAGAUAUUCCAAGCGGGGAAACAUAUUAAAACUACAUUAGGAGAUCAACGAAACCUCUUUGAUGAGGAAUCUUCGAAAUUUAGAUGGUUUAUUCUACCAUCGGAAAUAUCGGAUUUGCUUUCAACACCCAAUAUGAUUAUUAAUCAUGUCUCACCCUUUCAACCUAUAGAAUAUUCAAACAAUACAGUUGAUAGCUCUGACAAAAAAAAGAUAUUUUCUUCUAUUGCAAGCAAUAGAAGAAGCGAUUCAAGUCUUGCUAAGAGUCAAGCAAGCGAUAGUCAGAAGAGUUUAAUAGAUUUCUUUGAAAGUGGCUUUGAGAAUAAAUCUGAAGUUAAUAUACCAAAAGUUGCGGAAAAAUCUUCUGAGGAUGAUUAUAAACCACCCGCAAAAAAGGAAAAAAUGUCUUGCCCGUUGAAAAUUAGAAAAAGAAAAUCAACUGAAGAGGAAGACAGGGGCGCUAUGGUUGUUGGCAAAUGGUAUGCUCCUCCUAAACCAAUUUUUAAGCCGAUGACUGAGGCGAUUGAAGAAUUUUCUAUGAUAAAGAAUAAUGAUAAGUUACUUGUAUGUCUUUCUGGAGGUAAAGAUUCUUUAUCGCUAUUACACGCUAUGCAUCAAUAUCAAUUUUAUGCAAAAAGUAAGGGGAUAGAGUUUCAAUUAGGAGCCGUUACUAUUGAUCCUCAAGCCGAAUCCUACAAUCCGCGGCCAUUAAAGGCUUACCUUGCCUCUCUAAAUGUUCCGUAUUUUUAUGAAGAACAAGAUAUAAUAGGUUCAGCAAAAGAAUUAGGAGAAGGCUGUACUUCUAUUUGUAGCUUUUGUAGUCGGAUGAAAAGAGGAAGAAUUUAUCAUGCUGCUAGACGAGAGGGAUACAAUGUUUUGGCGUUAGGUCAACAUCGUGAUGAUCUAGCCGAGUCAUUUAUGAUGUCGUUAUUUCAUAAUGGUCUUUUGCGAACGAUGAAAGCCUGCUAUACUGUUAAAGAGGGUGAUCUUCGUGUUAUUCGACCACUAGUUUAUGUCAGAGAAAAAGAGCUUAGAAAGUUUGCAGAACAGAAUCAUCUUCCUAUUAUUUCUGAAAAUUGUCCAGCUUGCUUUGAAUUACCGAAAGAAAGACAUAGGAUGAAACAACUAUUAGCGUCGCAGGAAGUUAUUCAUCCUCGUUUGUUUAAUUCCAUUUCGUCAGCUAUACACCCGAUUAUUGCAAUACCUAAAACUGGUGUGUCGUUAAAAAAUAUGAUGGGAACUUCAGCUACGGAAGAUGAUAAAGAUGACGAAGAUUUCUAG